AUGUGUUCGGAUCCCAUUCUCAUUAGCAAUUUUGCUCAGUUGCGGAAUGAUUCCAUUUCUGGACGCUCAGAUGGAUAUGGUGGCCUGUUGUCUUUGAAGGCCUCUCCAUGCGCGAGUAGAUAUUUGUCGAAAGAACGAAACGGAGGAGUUUGGCGAGAUGGUCGAGUAGUUGGCUUACCGCACCUCGCUCUUCGAGGAAUGGGUUCGAAUCCCAUUCUCACUAGCAAUUUUGCUCAGUUGCGGAAUGAUUCCAUUUCUGGACGCUCUGAUGGAUAUGGUGGCCUGUUGUCUUUGAAGGCCUCUCCAUGCGCGAGUAGAUAUUUGUCGAAAGAACGAAACGGAGGAGUUUGGCGAGAUGGUCGAGUAGUUGGCUUACCGCACCUCGCUCUUCGAGGAAUGGGUUCGAAUCCCAUUCUCACUAGCAAUUUUGCUCAGUUGCGGAAUGAUUCCAUUUCUAGACGCUCACGUGGACAUGGUGAUCUGUUCUCUUCAAAGACCUCUCCAUACAGUAGAUAA